UUUGUUGAUUCUUCGGCUUUUUGACUUAUUGAUGUGUUGAGAGGGACCCCAUAAAAUGGUUUGGAGGGCAGUGCUUCUGAAGUCCUUGAAAGGGAUCAGUGUGUAGACUCCUUUUCAAUACAAGAAUUGAGCUGAGAUAAAAGCAGCAUUUAUAGUCUUUCAAGUAGAGCUUGAGAUGAGCUGUUAACAAUUUGUAAAGGUGUGAAAGCAGAGGCUGCCCGAUUAUCUUUCUCAAUUGACGUCUUGGUGCCUUUUACCCCAGUGGGCAAAUUCUUUGUGGUUCUACGAAAAGAAAAAUUAUCUCAAGACCUGCCUGGUUAGCAGUCUUUCCUUUUACCAUUUAAGAAUCUUGAUGUUUGGUUAGAGUCAAGCUGCUGCUUCAGAAAUUGAAAACCGCGUGUCUGGUAACCGAAGUAAUUUAAGUGUAUGACUCAGCCAUAGGCUCAGUCAGAGAGGAAUUAUGCCUGUGUGGCAGCUAAAUUAAGCAGUUUCAGCGUGCUCACUAUAUGGAUCACCACUUAAACCUACUUUAUUCUUAAAUACGAUGUUUCACUCUUUACUGUAGGGUACUUUAAAGAUUGUUUGGUCUUUAUCUUUGGUUUUCUGCAUAUUCACUAUUACUUAUCCAGCUAUGGAUUUGUUUUUGUUAGAUUUGUUUGGUGUUUGUUAGACUUCUUGAGUUUGUGGAUUAGUGUCUUUCAUUAGUUCUGUGAAGUUCUUGGCCAUUUUAUUUUAUUUUUCUCUUGGCUGUGUUAUAUCCCUAUAUUGCCUCUGCCCCAUUGUUUUUCUCUUCCUUCUUCCUAACUGAUUUAACAUAGACCUUUUACUCUGUUCUCUUCCUCUCACUUUUUUUUUUUUUUCACACUACAUUCUGGAUAAUUUCUUCAUUAAUUCUCUAACCUGUUUCUAAUGUGUUAUUAAACUCAUCCAUUGAAAUCUUAAAUUCAGUUACUGCAUUUUUUUAGUUUGUGAAGUUCUAUUUGGUUCUUUUCAAAUGGGCUGUACCACUGUUUUACAGUUUCUUAUUCUCUGCUCUUAAUUUUUUAGGUCUGCUUUUUGUUUUUUUAAACAUGAUAAGCAUAGUUGUUUUGUAAUCCGUAUGCUUUAAAUCCACAGUCUGAAUUCCCUUUGGAUCUGUUUCUGUUGCUUAUUUCUGCUCUUUGUCUUCCCAGAUCACCUUUACUUAGAAGGUGUAGUUCUUUGGAGUUCCAGAUUAAGAUUGAGAAAUAGAUGGUUAUCAGACCUCACAUCCUAUGUGGGCUUUAGUUUCUGUUUCUUCACAAAGGCACCAAAACAACAGCAUUAAGAUCAGAUAAACCCUCAGGAUGAAAACAAGUUUGAAUAUUGGGUUUUAUUUCUAGUUUUCACUGCAGUAUCACAGCUACUAUCAAAAUUAAGCUUCCCUGAUGCUUUUUUCUGGUCCUCCUUUGCUGAACUUAUCUUCUGUUCUCUUACAGCAUUCAGUCUUAGUCUACUUUUCUAAAUUGCUCAUGUACCAUCCUCAUCUCUUAUUGGAUGCAAGUGCCUCAACUUGUUAAAUAGUAGAGCACCAGACUGAUUGUUUCAUUAUGGAUGGAGGAGAUGAUGGUAACCUUGUUAUCAAAAAGAGGUUUGUGACUGAGGCCGAACUGGAUGAACGGCGAAAAAGGAGGCAAGAAGAAUGGGAUAAAGUUCGAAAACCUGAAGAUCCGGAAGAAUGUCCGGAGGAGGUUUAUGACCCAAGGUCUCUGUAUGAAAGGCUGCAGGAACAGAAAGACAGGAAGCAGCAGGAGUACGAGGAGCAGUUCAGAUUCAAAAACAUGGUAAGAGGCUUAGAUGAAGAUGAGACCAACUUCCUCGAUGAGGUUUCUCGGCAGCAGGAAUUAAUAGAAAAGCAACGCCGAGAAGAAGAACUGAAAGAACUGAAGGAAUACAGAAGUAAUCUCAACAAGGUUGGAAUUUCUCCAGAAAACAGGAAGGAAGUGGAGAAAAAAGUGGCUGCGAAACCCAUGGAAACCAAGAACAAGUUCUCCCAGGCAAAGCUGUUGGCAGGAGCUGUGAAGCAUAAGAGUUCAGAGAGUGGCAACAGUGUAAAAAGACUGAAAUCGGACCCUGACCCAGAUGACAAGAAUCAAGAAGCCCCGUCCUGCGUGUCUCUGGGAAGCUCGUCCCUGAGCGGUCCCUCCAUCCACUGCCCCUCCGCCGCCGUCUGUAUCGGCAUCCUUCCCGGCUUGGGCGCCUACUCUGGGAGCAGCGACUCUGAGUCCAGCUCGGACAGCGAAGGCACUAUCAACGCCACCGGCAAGAUCGUCUCCUCCAUCUUCCGGACCAACACCUUCCUUGAGGCCCCCUAGCUUCCAGGUCCUUACCUCAGGGAGCUCCUCCCCAAGAAUAGACCGGAUGGUUCACCUGCCUACAGGCAUUACCUCCCUCAGAAAACUUCUUUGCCUGUUUCCUGUGCACACCGUGACAUUUUUAACCUCGUCUAAAAAUGCGCCAGCAUCCACCUGUGGCCCGGCCUGUGUUUGGUUUCUCUUUUCACUCCAGUGCAGACGCCCAGACCUGUCCCGUGCCUCUCCUCACUGAUGUGGAGUGGGGGUCAGGGCCCGGCGAAGCGCCACCAGCAAUGCCCUGGGAAGACAGGACAGCUGGGCUGCACAGGGUUUGGGUUAUGUUGCUUUCUCGUUUUUUCUUUUCAAACAGCACAGGGAAGCAAGGGCCGUUCUCAGACAGGUAUUAUUUUAAACAUUCUCUCCUAGACAGACACGUUUGCACUGCACUGCGGAGGUGCGGGCAGAGAACACUGCCAGGCGGUGAACUGGCGCGCUCCCCUGGAACUAACCAGUGCUUGAUGUUGUGUGACUAAGAUUAAAAACUACGUCUGCAGGUGUGGUCACUUCGCACUCAUCAUUAGCUGUGAAGUGUCUCCUUACUCUUGGAAAACAGUCCUUCUCCCUUUGUUUCAUCCCAUUUAAGACUAAACCUUAGAGAAGCAAACCUAGGCCUUAUUUCAUCAGAGCCAGAAAUCACAGGUGCUAGUAGGUAUGUGGACCAGGUGACUUUGUUUUGGCAGCUCCUGGGUUCCUAAUACCACAAACCCAUGGGACACACCUGCAUCUUCUGACUAUACUCUGCCCUGUCAAGGUCCCUCUCUGGCUGAUGCCUUUAUAACUGUGGCUUCUGACUAUAGGAGCUAUUUCUAGCUUAAAGGUGCUGCCCCAGUCCUUUUCUCUUUUAUCUGCUACCCCUCCUGCUCUUUUCCCUUCCCACACAGAGCGGCUCUGAGCCAGUGAGCAGCCAGGACCUAGAGGUACUGCUCCACCUGUGUCUCAUAGAGGGAGGGAGACAGGAAUGGAGGCCUCAAGUUCAGAGGUGGUCAUGGGCUUAAACUAAAAACUGUGGCCCCCCUGCUUCAGCAGAACAGAACUAUUCGGUCCAUGCCUUGGGCUCCUGCGUCAAUUGUUUCUACCUUCUUGGGUGUGAGACGGAGAGAGACACACAGAAUGUGUUGACACUGUGAUGCUGGCAGGCAGAGGAGCUACUCAGUUUUAACGUGGGCAGAGGCCCCUGGAUCUCAUCCAACUCACUCCUUUCCCCUUCCAGUGCAGUGACAUUCCGGUGCCCAUUGGCAGAUGGUGACUUCCCUUCACCCAUAAUUGAUGCCUGAUUCUUCCUCCUCUUCAGAACUACUCCGUGCUAAUUGUUCCUGGCUGUCAGCUCCAUUCUAACAAACGAGGCGUUUAGGUAAAACUGUGUAGGCACCUUCUGUUUCUCUGCUUCACUGUUCCUGCGAUUGUGCUUCGUGAUCACAGACCGUCCCCAGAGCAACCUCUCAUCGCUCCGGGAGGCAAACUAAGGAACCAGUCACCCUAUGUGUGGUUUAACUUUGUAAGGGGCUAUUAACUAUACCUCAUGACCUCUGUUGAUGUUGGAAGAAGUUGACAAAAGGUUGCAGGAAUUUAAAACACACUUAAUUUGAAGGCUAAUAACAAGAUCUUGCUUUCCCUGUACUGAAUCUGUGCUCCCAGCUCCCUCCCCAUCUACCAUAACAGGUAGAUUGUGUCUAAGGCUGAGCUCUUCAGACAGGUUUCUGCUCCCAUGUCUCAGGCGGGAGAGAGACUCACAGGUGAUCGUGUCAUUGUGUUCUGUUGUACCUGUUAGUGUAGAGCAUUGGAACUGAGACGGGUUCUGUGGAAACUAUGAGUCGCAAAGCAGGACCUGGUCUGCCCAAGAGAGGAAGGGGCUUUGGAAAGCAUCCAGUGUAAACCAAGUGGUUCAAACCCAAAGGAUAGAAAAACAGGGCUGGAAGGAAACUGCCGUAACCAUAAACUGCAGCACUCCCCUUAACAGAGAACGGAUUUUAUAAGUAGGUCACGGGAUAAAAACAGUUCGGGGUGCAUUUCUUAAGCCUGCUUACGUUGUCCUGAGUGGCAGUGUUCUUACAACUCUGGAACUGUGCGAGGAAGAAAGCUCGUCUGUGAGGAAUCCUACCGCCGGCUAUAUUUGGAUUAUCUAGUUUUUGUCAUACUGUGCCCUGCCUUUGGCCCUGUCACCCACCUGGGCAGGGAGGAAAGCAUAAAACUCAAAGCAUCCACUUGCCUCUAAAAAGCAGGGAGGCUGAUGUGACUGGACCUGAUGACGUGGCUGGUGACCUGUUCAUGUUCGUUGACCCAGCACCCAGGAGGAGAGGCAGCUGGCUUUUCAGGUUCCGGGUGGCGGGGAGGGUGCUUGAGCUUUUGAAGAGCAUCCUAGACUGAAAGCUCCUCACUAGAGGUGACUCAGACCUGUCCCUGGCCUGUCUUUCACUCCACCUCAAAGGUCCUUCCCUUCUGGCUGCCUCCUUUCUACCCGAGACAGAAGCUUCAGGUGCCUAAGAUGUUUCACCUGCUUCUCCCCAAGAACCUGGCCUGGUUCCACCUUCUGUGGAUAUGCCACCGUGGCUGUGAGCUUGGAGCCAGACAUUCGCUAGCUGGGCCACUUGAGCAAGGUCUUAACCUCUCUGGGCCUGUUUCCUCAGUGAGUAAGGAUCCCAGCUCCCUAGUGAGGGGGAAAGACAAUCUAGGCUAGCUACUUGGUGCAGUGUCGGCACACUGCUCAGUAAGUAGUAGCCAUCUCCCUGUCGUUACAGUCGGCCUCCCCCGUUUGUAGGCAGGGUGUCUGAGCUUCCGUUAGUGAUUUAUGGCAGGUUUGUGCAUCCUGCUGACAUUCCUCGGUUGUAGCUAGAAUACUGACAGGAUGAAGGGUCAGAUCUGGUCGUCAGAGCUCCAACCACCAGCUUGUUCUAUGCGCUUCCUCCUUAGCUAAAUGUUAAUUGCUCAGGCACACGCGGUUUCUUGGCUCGGGUGUCCUAGCCGUGGGUAUAUGGCUCAGCUGUCGUCUUAAGCCCCUCCAGAAAAACAGGAGACCUUUGUGUGAUUUCCCAAACAUCCUUGGGGGAAUCAGGGCUCCAGGCAGUCCUGCAGCCCCCUUGGGAGAAACGAAGGUGUCCCUAAGGGUAUUUCAGCCGACUUGGUGCCUACAUAGUAGAUGCAUUGAAAAUUCAGGAUGAAAAAAAAGAAAACUUAGGAUGAAGCUAUCCCUCGCUUGCUUCCACCAGAUAAACACUGCUCCUGAGGUCACCAGGCACCGGUAGGUAGGAGCUGCCUGGUGCACCGCCCAGGUGUAGCCACUAGGAAGAAUUAGCUGGGAGAGUAAGUCAGUCAAGGUGAGUGACUCCCACUUUCAGUAGAGAGGAAGGACAAACUCAUUACCAACUUGAGUGAAGACCCCUGUAGGGCUCAGGGAGGACAUGCACUGCAGUGGACAAGUGUGGACUCAGGAGUCUGCCAGCCCCGGAUCAGAUAUCUCACUCUGCGUCUAAUAGAUGAAAUUAGCUUC